AUUGUUGUGCAGGAAAUUUUCCCACAAGCUAGCCAGAAAAACACCAACCCUUCGCCGUUCUGCAGUCGGUCCGGAAAUCGUUAGGGCGAAGCACAUUUCCAUCCGCCGGCGAUGCUGCUGCUACUCAUCAAGCGGACCCUUCACAGUGCGACCGGCGGCGGCGCCGCCACCAAGCCGAAGGUGUCCGAGGUGCUGACCGCCUACCUGAAGCAGUGCAACGAACCGCCCUGGACGUCGUACUUCAUCAAGCACAGCGACGUGCGGAACGAUCAGUUCGGCUGGUCGCACUUCAACUGGACGCUCGACACCGGGGCCAACUAUCACAUCCUGCGCACCGGCUGCUACCCGUACAUGAAGUACCACUGCACGCGCCGCCCCUGGCAGGACCUGACGCUGGACGAUCGGUUCUUUCGCUGCAUCAAGGUGGCCAACCUGGGGCUGCCGCAGCUGUUCUACGGCCUGGCGGCCGUCUUUCUGAUCCGCCACGUCGAGCUGGUGCAGCUCGGCGACGGGCGGCCCCCGGUACCGAUCUACUUCCUGUACGCGGAAGACAAGGGCUCCCUGUACUGAAUGGUGGGGGGGGGGGGGGCGGCGAUAGGAAGUGAUGCGCUAGUGGCUAAAUAAAUUGACUACCAAAUUUUCAGUUUCAGUUUUGCAUACGUUUUUUUUGUUUGUUUGUUCUUUCGCUUCUCUUUAUUUGUGGUUUGUUGCGUUGUGUGUGGUCUGCGGCAGAACUAAAAUACAUAACUUGGUUUUUUAUAGUGUUUGUUCUUUUUUUUGUUUUUAAUUGGUUUCGUUUUCUACACACACACGCUCGCACCCUCACAAAUGGAUAGAAUUU